UGACCUGAAUACGUACCGACAUUACAAGGACCUUUGUGUCUUAGGAGGACUAGGCCAAGGUCCGCCUAAAUCAUGGUAUGUAUUUGCUUUUUUAAGUACUUAAAAAUAAUUUUUUCUCAUGGAUUUUGGGCAAAACCUAUACUUUACAAGUGGCUUUAUAGUUUGGAUUGUGUUUUGACACUUAAUAAUAUAUAAACAGCUUUUAUUUUCAGUUUAUUAAUUUGUCCAUCUAUACCACUCAAUAUGAUUUUUGUGUAUUUAUGUGUAUAACACAGCGCCCCUGGAUGUUGUGUAUUUAUUGCACUUUUAUACACAUUUAUACACUUCGCGGGGUUUUGGGGUGUCCCUUUUGUGAUUGGCUGUGGGCGGGACAUAAAGCCCAACCCCUCAAAGCUACUUCCUGAAGACGUGCCUUUAAAUUUUAAAUGCCUUCAAAGCUGCAGCACUCAAAAUGGAGGUCCCCGUGGAUUAAACUUCACAGAUGCCAGUAAAACAUGGAGAGGCAAAGACGCAUUAACCCAAAAGGAGAUGCUAAAUAUCACAUUGAGAAUGGAAAGGACAAAGUGGGAUUUGACGUAAAAUCCAUCAGUGCCUACAAAGGCCGUGGUGUCUUUGUAACUACCUCUUUUCAAAAAGGAGACUUUCUGUUGGAAUAUAGAGGAGAACUGAUCAGUAAGGAGGAAUGUGAGAGGAGACAAAGAGUUUAUCAUGAUACACUUAAAGUGUUUCUGUUUGAAUUCUACUUUGACGGAAAGCUGUGGUGUGUUGAUGCAGCAAAAGAAGAUGGGUCACUUGGAAGACUUGUCAAUGAUGAUCAUGUCUGUCCUAAUGCCAAAAUGAAGUACCUGACUGUGCAAGGGAAGCCCCAUUUGUGCUUGUUUGCUAUUCGAGAAAUAAGCCAGGGAGAAGAGGUAACCUAUAAUUACGGUGACUCAGACUGGCCAUGGAGAUGCAAGAUAAGGACUGAAAAGAAGCAUAGUAAGGUGGCAGCAAACAACGCAAACCAAACUGAUCCAGACCUUGAGCCGCUCCAUAGAAGUGCAGAGGUCUCACCUGAGGCAAUCCAGAGUCAGAUGCCAGAAGACAACCUGAAGCAGACUGAUCCCAACCUGAUUUCUACCAACAGGAAUGCAGAGGUCUCACCUGAGGCAAUCCAGAGUCAGAUGCCGGAAGACAACCUGAAGCAGACUGAUCCCAACCUGAUUUCUACCAACAGGAAUGCAGAGGUGAUUUCUAUUUAAUAAUUAGAUGAUAUAUGUAACUUGUUGUAAGAUGUUAGUCAACCACUCUUGUAAUUAGUGUGUAAGUGUAUCUGAGUGUUAUGUGAUUUACAUGGACACUGGUUUGUCAGGACAGUCCCAAACAGAGGUUUUCAUUUUAGUAAGCCAUCUGUCUGUGGGGGUGUGUGUGUGUUUAGUAGCUUUCUAUCCUAUUGUUGUUUAGGAGGACCAUUGGGUUUAUGUGGACCUUCGUAGGUUCAGUGGCAUUAUACAUUGUCCAGCCCAAAAAAUGUCACCACCAAAAGAAAAAGCUAGCUGUUGCACUUAUGCGCAGUGGGCAAUAUUUUACUCAAAUAAUCCAAAUGGCUGUGUACAUUCACGUCAGUUGGAAUGAUGAUCGGACAAAACCACCUCUCAAUUGGAUUGAAACUUCAUUCCGAUCGGGCCGAAUUGGAUCAUAACACUUCGAUUUACAUGUUUACAUGUAGAAUUUUUUAUCUGAUUGGGCGUUCAAUUUAAUUGUGCCCAUGUAAAUGUGGCUACUGACAGUUCUUAAGUCAUAUUUAGUUCCUUAGAUGUUUUCACUGCCCUAUUCAUGCUAAUCAUUUGACCCUUCUCAAAACAGAUGAACAUCUUUUACACGACCACCAGAUGUUUUUCUACAUAGCUGUUUAAGAAAUGAGAAGCAACUCACUGCAGCAGUUGGAGUUAAAUAACUUGUUGCCAGUUGAAAGAUUAUCGCCCAUGCAGUAAUUAUCCAAUAGGAGGCUCCUCUCUGUUUGCUUAAAUAAAUCUAGGUGGCAACUUCUUUUUUAGGCAAGGCAGUGUGUUUGCAUUCUAAUGCAGUAAGAAUUUUCUACACGUUUUUAUAUAUAGUGUAAAUGUAUAAAAAACAAAGCUACAAUAUGGGAACAGCAGUUUGUCACUAACUUGUAUUGAGUAGCUGAUGCUUGUCUGAUGCAGGUCUCACCUGAGGCAAUCCAGAGUCAGAUGCCGGAAGACAACCUGAAGCAGACUGAUCCCAACCUGAUUUCUACCAACAGGAAUGCAGAGGUGAUUUCUAUUUAAUAAUUAGAUGAUAUAUGUAACUUGUUGUAAGAUGUUAGUCAACCACUCUUGUAAAUAGUGUGUAAGUGUA